CUUUUUCUUUUUUUCUUCUUCCUCCUCUUCUUACUCUUCUUACUCUCUUUUGUUUUUUUCUCUCUUUUUCUCUCUCUCCUCCGCCAAUCUCCCUGGGUCUCUUUCUCUUUUCGCCGUCAGUCACACUCGAAACGCACGAGCGCCGGCUAUCGGUUUCUCUCCCUCCUUCUCGCUCCCACUUCCCUCUCUGUCGGUUGGCCGGCGUUCGGCGUGUUUAACCUCCCGCCGUCCCACCACGCGCCCCCUCCACCGCAGCCACUAGGCUUCUGUCUCCGUUGGGAGCUCGAGCGGGCCAUUCGUUCCGUCUCGUUCGCUCAGUUCCUCUCGUGUUGCGCGCACACGGCCAUCCAUCCCUCUUUCUCGCUCCUGAGUAGCGCCGGUGUGUACUCCCGCUGUCACCUGAUCGCGGGACGCUUUUCGCGGGUGAGAUACCGCUCGGCCACCGAGUCAACCGAGUCUGCCGCCGCCGCCACCGUCGCUCGGUUUUCCACCUCCCGCGCCCCGAACCGCCUCUUCCUUCGGCAUCUGCUCCUACUCUCCUCCUUCUUCCUCUUUCUUUCACGGGGCGCGCGCGCUCUCCUUUUCCUUUCCGUCUCGCGCGGACACGUCUCUUGCUGCUCUCUUCCUAUACUCGGCUCGUUGCCGCCGCGCGUCGAACGUGCGCGCUGGUGGUUUUGUAAAAAGGGAAGUUACGAAACGUAGAAAAAAAAAAGAAAAGGAAAGGGAAAAAAGAAGCGUGGAAAAGCGUGGAAAAAGAACGGUGGGAAAAGAAAAAGGAAAAAGAGAGAAUAUCACAGAAGGAGAAGGGAAAGAAACAAGUGACGGACCGAGGCAAAACUAUAGAAAAAAAGAGAAAAGUAAAGAAGAAGAAAAGGACAGUGGGAGGGAGAGAGAGGUACAGGAAUACAGGAGAAAAGAAAGACGGAGUAUCAAGGUGCGACGAGUGGCAAAGAGAGAGAGAGAGACAAAGAGAGAGAAAGAGAGAGAGAGAAGUGCGCGCCACCGACAUCGUCCAACCGCGACUGGCUUGCCCCGAUCUCUCGCCUCUUCUUCCUCCUUUCACGGAUCUUCGCCGGUGCACACGUCUGAAGCCAACCGACUGGAGAGGGAGGUGACACUUUCGGAACGUGGACACGCGGCACGCACGGAUCGUCACGCUGGAUACGUGAGGAUCCAGGAGAACUACGGCUGGCUACUGGUGCUCUCGUGCAGCCGAGGCAACUCGUACGCGAGCGACUGGGUCCCGAUUUUCCGGACGCGGCAUCAUCCCGACACGAGAACGACUGGACCGUCGCCACUGGACAUCGUGGACGUCGAUAUACAACAGCCCAGUCCGACAAGCACACACAACCGACAACCCUCGCUCGGUGUGGUAUCGGUCGUCUCGUGUAUUUCGUCCCAUCUGUGCGCGCGCGGCCGCGUGUACGUGUCUGCGUGUCCGUCUGUCGGCGCGUGUACCCGCGUACGAACGAUAAUGCUGGCGGCUGACGGUUUCGGUGAUCGACGACGACGCGGCCGGUGAACUAGUGACAGUGUGAAAUCGAUCGUCAGCAGGGAAACCGGCUAGCGGUCGGCACUAAAUAUACCCGAGGAAUAAUGGCCAGCGCGACAAUGGGACUCCGUCGCAGAGUGCCAGUGAACAAUUCCCCGACCCCGUCGGGACAAUCCGCGUCGGCCACUGGCUCGUCCAGCAAACGUUCAAGGUCCGAGAACAACAACAGCCCGUCCCACGGUAAUCUGAACUCGAUGAACGCGAGUGCACGAGACGAGCCACCUACCAAGAAGUCACGUGGUACAUCGACGAACGCGACUAAAGCGACAUCUUCGUCUUCUUCGAACGCGUCCUCGUCACCUGAGACGAGUCCCUCGUCAAAAAAUCGUGGUGGUUCUGUGUCGAGAUCCGGAAACGCGCAAACGAAAACGUCCACGACAUCGGUAUCCACGUCGGAUGCUGUGUCCAAUAACAGUGUGCUAUCCAGUAGUUGGCAAACCACGAACAUGUCCGAUGUGUCUACGUACGCUUCCGUGGCUGGAUUGAGCAUGACCUCGAGUCCAACCGCCGGUCUAUGCGCUGGUAGUCUCAGCAUGCCUACCCCGAUACCCUAUAUGUCUUCGUCUAUGGCCACGUUCGUGGGAAACGCGACGAACCUAGGCAAGAGCUCGUCCGUUUCGUAUCUGGACAUUUCGAAUAUGACCGGUGGUUCGUUGAGCUCGGCCGCUUCCGGAUUGAACAAUGCCUACGUCGGGAAUGGAAACGGUGGUAACGCGAUGGACUCGAAGAACGGCGUGCCCAUGCCGUUCUCUGGAAUCGCGGCUGGUGUAAACGGGACCGGUUACGGGAUGCAAAAGGGACAACCGGAGAACGCGAAUCUGCCGAAGAAGUUUCAAAACGAUAGUAUGUUCAACGCGUAUCAACCGUGGGUGAUCAAAACGUACGGUGAUUUGGCGAAGACUAAGACGAUCACGAUUAAAAAGUACGCGCGUAUAUUGCGAACAUUGAGAGGUGAGGAAGUGAACAGUGCGGAGAACAGUAAAUUUCGAUUUUGGGUGAAGAGCAAGGGGUUCCACAUCGGGCAGCCGGAAGGAUACGACGCGAAACCGGCGGACAGGAUUAUCGGACGUCACGCGGUGACGAGUCCCGGAUUGGAUCCACCGUUGUACGUGCCCACACAGUUGCCGCAUAACAAGACGUUAAACGGCGCCGAGGGUACCGUUCCACCCGGAAGAGUGUAUAAGAAAGUCGCGAUCGUGGAGAACUUCUUCGACAUUAUUCAUGCUGUCCAUGUUGACCUUGAGGGUCGUCCAGGGAAGCAUGCCGGUCAAAAGAGAACGUACAGAACGAUCACGGAAACGUACGCGUUCCUACCCCGCGAGGCCGUAACGCGAUUUCUCUUGGGGUGCACGGAAUGCCAACGGCGUCCACGUACCCCGAGCCCGACCAAUUUGUCCAAUCAAUCGCAGCAGCAGCCGACUGGGACGCCGCUCGCGACGACCGCCCUCACGUCCACGACCACGACCACGACACCGUUGAGCCCGAACCCCGCCGCCACCCUCGCCGCCUCGUCGGUGCAAAGUAGCAGCCCGAAGCAGCGCGAGGGGAACCACCACCACCACCACCACCACCACCAUAACCACCACCACCACGAGGCUGGUAGCGGCGGCAAGCCUCUGUACAGUUACAGGCACCACCAGAAGCACCACCAGAAGGGUGGCAAUGGCCCCUCGAGCGAGAAAAGCGAGAACAAGGAGAAGGAGGAGAAGUACAACCCCCUGAGCAUCACGAAUCUGUUGAAGAAGGAGCCCGUGACGGGGGGCUUCCUGCCGACCGCUGACACCCUGCCCGACUCGAGGAGGACCCCGGAGUCGGACCGCGCCAGCUCCCGAAGUUCCGCUUCCUCCAAGAGGAAGAGGAUGCUGCCGGAGGGUCGCACACCCUCCCCCCAGCCCAGCCACCCGUUGCCAAGGCCUUGGAGCCCUGGCCUCGAUCCCAAGAACACGCCCAUCGACUACAGUCUUCCCAUCACUACCUCGUACCUGAAGCAUCAGCAGAGGCUGCUGUUGCAGCAGCAGCAGGCGGAGAAGAAGAAGGCGGCGGCGGCGGCCGCCGCCGCCGCCGCCACCGCCACUUCCUCCUCCUCCUCCUCCUCCUCCUCGUCAUCCUCCGCGACGAAGGAGGCCGAGAUCGAGCAGAAGGUGGCCGUGAUACCCUCGGACGAGAUGGAGAGGGACACGGUGGAGAGGGACAGAUACUCGCCUGCCACGGGGCUGAUCGACACGAAUCUCAAUCUGUUGGCCACCAUACAACAUCUCCACUGCCAAGUGAUGCUCGCCCUCACGGAGAGGCUCAGACCCUCGAUCGCCAUGCCCAACCCGCUCGUUUUGCCCACCAUAAGCAACGUGCUGUCCACCGGGAUGAUGAUCGGCUCGGAGGUCUCGGUCCAGACCGGGGAGAACCACGCGACGUGAGUGACGACCACCGCUCGUUCCUCCCCCCCUCCGACCAAAUGUCUCGUCGCCGAUCAAGUAUGAAAAGUAUAUAUAUAUAUAUAUGUAUAUGUAUACUUUCUGUUAACGUUAAUUCCAUUCUCGAACGAGGAAGGGAAGGAAGAAACGUCGCCUCCUCGGAAUGUUUCUGCGAAUAUGGACGAGAGAAACGAGAAACGUAUUCGACGAGGUUGUUAUAUAACGGCGGCCAAUAUCUCGGAGAGUUGUCGAGCUCGCGUAACGUUUAUUAAACCGGAUAAGAUCAAUUACUCCUUGGUCAGGCGUCAACUUUGAAGUCGUGUUCCAAGUCGCGUCUCUCUCUCUCUCUCUCUCCCGAUAUAGAACGGAGGGAGGGAGGGUGGGGGGGGGAGAGGGGACGAAAUUAUUCGCGAAGCCUGUCAAAAAUAUGGGUCGGUUGAGCAGCGAGAAAGAGGAGGCAGGAAAGAGGAUCCUCCCCCCCCUCCCCCCGAUAUUUUGAGAUUCCCUCCCGUUUCGAUUGGACGGAGAAGAUCCACCGAAAAUGGAACCUGGUUUUCGAGGUGGGAGGCGGAGGGACGGCUGCUGAAUAUUUGAACAAGUGGAAACAAGAUCGAUGACGCACGGGAGAGGGAGGGGGUCUCUCUCUCUUUCUCUCUCUCUCUCUACCACUUUUCGCCUUUCGACAAACUCGGGUAUAAAUUCGAUGCGGGGAAUCG